AUGUCUACGUAUUAUAAUGAUCAUCUCGCGGCUGCGGAGAAGGACAUAAGCUCGAGUAAUUUCUGUAAUUUAGUGGAUGCUUCCGUUAUGUUAUACGACGAAGAACACCGUGAUCUUCUUCCAAAGAAAGUAAACUCCAGAUGCCAAGCGAAGACAAAGAAACAAGAAAAAGAGAGUGACAAGAGAUUCUUUGAUCUCUUCCCUAAAAAAAGAAGAACUUCGGUUGUUACUGUAAGAAACCCUGAACAAAACCAACAAAAUCUUCAUAGGGUUUCUACUUCUUCAUCGCUCCUCGACCUUAACACGAUCCCCGGUGAUUCUUCUGACCCACGUAACGAACUUCAAGGGCUUUUAUCUUCUUCUUCAUCAUCGUUUCUUGGAGAUUACGAAAGGAAAACCCCACAAAACGCUUCUUCUUCUUCAACUUUACUUGCUGAGUACAACACCGAGAUGGCAAACCCACCAAACCCUAAUUCUGAGACAAGCCUCAAGAGAAAGCAUAGUGAUAGUGAACCCAAGAAAGCAAAGACUCCUUAUUCAUGGAAAGGGAGAGAGGCGCCGGAGUGGCUGGUCAAGAUGAUGGGAACAAUGCAGGGAAGCGAAGGCCCGAGGCUAAUCUAUGAGAAGACUCUGACCGAAACAGAUGUCAAACCAGUCCAGAGCCGUCUCUUAAUGCCUUUCAACACCCUAAUUCGUAACGACUUUUUGACGCCUGUUGAGUUGAGAAUCCUACUAGAAUUAGAAGAUGACACGGAUGGAGUUGGAGCGACUCUAGUGGAUCCAUGGGAGGUAAAGUGGGGUGUGAUUUUGAAGAAACGGGAGAUGAAGAAAUAUUCAGGGAAAGGAAGCUUGAACUACGCUAUAAUAUGCGGGUGGAACGAUAUCGUUGAGGCUAACGUAUUGGAAAAAGACGAUGACAUCAGUAUUUGGUCUUUCAGGCGAGGUAGAAAUGGAAUCCUUUCCUUUGCCCUUGUUCUUCCUCCUCCUCCUGACAUGGCAUAG